CGGUAUUCACUAGGAGGCGCCACAAUCCAGUGAUCCACCGAGCUGUCAAAAUUGCGUAAACUUGUUUGUAUACUAGAUUGUUAUCGGAAUCGUUUUUCGUUGCGAAUCAUUUGAGUGAAUGUAUUUUUUUUAAAUUCAAGAUAAACAGAAUACGCUGAACCAUGAACGAGAAGGAGGAACUUGUUAAGAAAUCUUUAUUUAGCUUUGUUAGAAAACAAGUACCAACUGCACAAUUGAGCUUCAUCGAUGAUAUUGUACUCAGCUAUGUCGUGAGUAUGGUAGAGGAAAAUGCCCUCGAGGAAGAUUUAGAUGUCGAUGGAUUAUGUGAAAUGGUAUCAGCAUGUCUGCCGGAAUUUUCAACAAUUGAAAAGGAGGCUGUGUCAAAAUGGCUAAUUGAUGUUGAAAGCACAUUACGCCAGGGAAACAAGAAUAGUGAAAAUGGUCAACCCCAUGAUCCACUAAGUCACAUCAGCCUUGCGGCUCUCUUACCUCCGGACACUCAACGUAUGAGGGUCCAUCAUCUCUCGGAAACAAGUGACGCUGGCAGUGAUUCCAGUGGCGAAUAUUUUGCCGAGGAAUCAUCGUGGAAUCAAGUGGCUCUUUUGCAAGAAAUGUUUCCAGGAGCAAGUCCAGCUGAAGCUCGACAUUGUUUAGCCGUUGCCGGUGGCGAUAUUGCAAAAGCUGCUCAACUCGCACUUCAUAGACAAGAAGCUGGACAAAGUAUUGCCAGUAAUCUUACCUUCCUGACACCAAAUGGACGGAACAAGGCUCGUGUUAACGAUGAAGAAUUGAAAUCGCGUAUAAUUGCACGCUACAGUUAUGUGGAUCGCGAUGAUGAUUCACGUGAACAUAGACCAGUGGCACCGAAAAUGGAGCCAAAAAAACUCGUUAGAUAUUUGGAUAACAAAAUAGUGAGUAUCAAGGGCGAACGAUUUACCGAAAUAAAACGAGGUGAAGAGGAAGAUGGCAACGAGGGUGGACGAAAGAGAGGUCACUGCCGUCCGUAACCAGUCCCCCUGCCUCCACCCCCUGAUCCACCCCCUUGGAGGCAUAUGAUUGCAGUUUAAGUAUUUUAUUAGAUUUAGUCCUUUGCAUUCAGGUAUAUAGAAUAUAUAUAUCUUCAGGAAGUAUUGGAUAUCAAACUAGUCAUUUUUGUUUUUAAAUUCACAUUUGAAUAUUACUUUAAGAAAACAUUUUGAUUUUUUUUUAAAUUUUAUUUUUUUACAAAAUUUAAAUUAUCUUUAUUUUAAGAAAAUUUUUUUUAAAUAUUUAUGUAAUUAUGUUUCGACUGUUGAAUAUUUAAAAAAAACUAUUAUAUUUUUUUCUCUAAUUUUUCGACUUUUGAUAUCCAACGCUUGAUGUGUAAAUAAUUCUUUCCAUCGAGCGUACAAUGGCCACGUGUGAUUUAUCCCAUUUUUUUUUUUUUUUUUUUUUUGGAUAAUUAUCCCAGUAAUAUUUCGAUACGCUGUUGUACAAAGAAGAGAAUAUAGAGAAUUGAGUGACGCUUUGUUUAAACAAAGAAAAAAAAUAUCGAGGAUACGUUGCAAUUUUAAAUGUUUUCGAAAGUCAGAAAAAACAAAAGUUUUUCAAAAGAAAAAAAAAGAAGCGCGUAUUUUUGGGGGCUUUCAUGGCGAUUGUGUAAAAUUGCGAAAUAAAAAAUAUUUGUAUAUAUUGGAUAUCACGGGAUAAAGAGAUUAAAAUUCAUGUCAGUAGAUACGAAAGGUCAUCAAUUUUCUAUGUAACCACUAAUUUACAUAAUGUGCGAAUGAUACGUAAGUCGGUUGGCUAUUGUAGUCUCGGAUUUAUUAUUAUUUUUCUUUUAAACCUCCGAGAAUGAAGAUUUUUUGAUAACUAUUGUAUAGAUUUCACUUUGUUUUUUUUAUCGCUUUUAGUUUUUUCUAUUUUUUUUUUUUUUUAUAAAUAUAAUUUUAGUUGUCACGCUUUUAUUGAUCUGGUGAGCUAAUAUUAAUUUGUUCUACUUAAUUUUUAUGCGCUUAGAAGAACUUUGCUACUUGGUAGUUUCACGUUUUGAA